GAAAAAAAAGAUAACAUCUUAAGUUAAAAAAGCUAAGUUAGAUACGAGAUAAACACAAGUGUGGUGUUGUUGUUGUUGUUGUUUGUUUACUUUCUCUCUCUCUCUUCAAUUUUCAUCUCUCUAGGGUUCCAACUUUGAACUCCAGAAACUCUCUUGUUUUUCACAAAUUUGGGUGAAGUUGGGUACUGACCCAGAAAAGAAGGAUCAACAGGUACCCAAGAGAAGGAAGGGUGUAGGAAAAUAGAAACUUGUACGUGGAAAAGAAGAAAUAAACAAGUGAAUAAGAAAAGGGAAAAAUUUGAAUAAUAAUAUAUAUUAAUAUUGGUAAGAUAAGAAUUAAGUGGUAGCUAGAAAUAUCAAUAUGGGGAGGGGAAGAGUGGAACUGAAAAGGAUAGAGAACAAGAUAAACAGGCAGGUAACGUUUGCAAAGAGGAGAAAUGGUCUUCUCAAGAAAGCCUAUGAGCUUUCUGUUCUCUGUGAUGCUGAGGUUGCCCUUAUCAUCUUUUCCACCCGUGGCAAGCUUUAUGAAUUUUGCAGCAGCUCAAGCAUGCUCAAAACACUUGAAAGGUACCAAAAGUGCAGCUAUGGUGCAGUUGAAGUUAGCAAACCAGCCAAAGAGCUUGAGCAGAGCAGCUACCGAGAGUACUUGAAGCUGAAAGGAAGAUUUGAAUCUCUUCAAAGGACUCAAAGAAACCUUCUAGGUGAAGAUUUGGGCCCAUUGAAUUCCAAAGAACUUGAGCAGCUUGAGAGGCAACUAGAUUCAUCUCUCAAGCAAGUGAGGUCCACAAAGACUCAAUUCAUGCUGGACCAGUUAGCUGAUCUCCAAAACAAGGAGCACAUGUUGGUAGAAGCAAACAGAGCUUUGACCAUGAAGCUGGAAGAAAUCAAUUCACGAAACCAGUAUAGGCAAACAUGGGAAGCUGGUGAUCAAAGUAUGCAAUAUGGUACACAGAAUGCGCACUCUCAAGGCUUCUUUCAGCCUUUGGAGUGCAAUCCCACAUUGCAGAUAGGUCCUGACUACAGGUACAACCCUGAGGCCUCAGAUCAGCUAACUGCCACAACUCAAGCUCAACAAGUGAAUGGCUUUAUUCCUGGAUGGAUGCUUUGAUAAGCUCAGUAUUUUGGUGGCUACAUAAAUAAAACUAGCAAACACCUAAGGCCAAAGUAAAAAAUGCCUCUUAUUGUUGGAAAUGUGUAAAUGCUGCAUGUGCUUCUGUUAUUUGUGUUGGCAUAAAAACAGCAGUGACUGACUUAAAACUGUUAAAACUUUAGCCAUGGACAUGUGGCAUGCAAGAAGGUUAUAGUAUUUUGAAUGUCUUUGAAGGAGAACUUUUGUCUGACUGAAUGACCAUUUAAUGACAUUUUUCUAUUGCAAUAACUAAUCUGGCUGCUUUAAUUUAA